CCGGCCCCUUUUUCGCGUUCACCCCGUCAGUUAGAUGACACAAUUCCGAGCGUGAAGAGCCGUUCCACGAACGGGGGAAACAAUGAAAAUCGCGGAAAAUUCGGGGAUGUGAAUUUUCCUUGUUGAUCAGGCGGGCGUUCGAAUUCGAUAAUUAUGUACACGCACAAACACGGGUCGCGUAAGGAUUUUCAACGUGGAAAAUGUACAGGAAGCGCCGUCAUAGGGAUUCGGGUUAAGUUGAUAGAAUUUUCGAAGGUUUUCGCGGAAUUUUGAUAUACCGAUUGAUUUUUGUUAUGAAGUGCGAUUCAGUUUUUUGAUAUAAGAGAGUAGAGAAUUCGAUAUGCCGGGGGGACGAAGGGGGCUUGUCGCUCCGCAAAAUACCUUUUUAGAAAAUAUCAUAAGAAGAUCUAAUUCGCAACCCGAUAGCAGUUUUUUAUUGGCGAACGCACAAAUAGUGGAUUAUCCGAUAGUCUAUUGCAACGAAUCGUUCUGCAAGAUAUCCGGCUACAACAGGGCGGAGGUGAUGCAGAAGUCCUGCAGAUGUGCCUUCAUGUUCGGCGAACUGACCGACAAGGAGACAAUCAGUCGAGUGGAUCACGUUCUGGAGCACCAGCUACACGAUCAGUUCGAAAUUCUUUUGUACAAGAAAAAUAGUACCCCCGAAGAAACACCGUUAUGGCUGCUCCUUCAAAUAUCGCCGAUAAAGAACGAAAGGGACUUGGUUGUGUUGUUUUUGCUAACGUUUCGAGAUAUUACAGCGUUGAAACAACCUAUAGAAACGGACGAUACGAAAGGAGGUUUAUCAAAAUUCGCGAAGCUAGCGAGAUCAGUAACGAGAAGUCGAUCAGUUCUAGUAUCUCAAUUCUCAUCGCAUCUGCCGAAUCUCAAAGAUGCCACCAAGCAAUCGCAUUUGGCACAAAUGAUGAGCCUAAGUGCCGAUAUAAUGCCCCAGUAUCGCCAGGAAGCCCCCAAGACUCCACCGCAUAUUCUCCUCCACUAUUGCGCGUUCAAAGCCAUUUGGGAUUGGAUCAUCCUUUGUUUAACUUUUUAUACGGCCAUCAUGGUUCCUUAUAACGUAGCCUUUAAAAACAAAACGUCGGAAGAUGUUUCUCUUCUGGUUGUGGACUCAAUUGUUGAUGUGAUAUUCUUUAUCGACAUAGUAUUAAAUUUUCACACGACGUUCGUCGGUCCUGGGGGCGAGGUCGUCUCCGAUCCGAAGGUCAUCAGGAUGAAUUACCUCAAGAGCUGGUUUAUCAUAGAUUUGCUGAGUUGCUUGCCCUACGACGUGUUUAACGCCUUCGACCACGACGAAGACGGAAUCGGCAGUUUAUUCAGCGCUCUAAAAGUCGUCCGAUUGCUGCGGUUGGGCCGAGUGGUCAGGAAACUGGACCGCUAUUUGGAAUAUGGCGCGGCGAUGCUGAUACUCCUGCUCUGCUUCUACAUGCUGGUGGCCCAUUGGCUGGCCUGCGUCUGGUACUCCAUCGGGCGAUCGGACGCCGACAACGGCGUCCAGUACAGCUGGCUGUGGAAACUGGCCAACAUCACGCAAAACCCGUACUCGUACGUGUGGCCCAACGAUUCCAGCACGCCCGAAUUAAUAAACGGACCUUCGAGGAAGACCAUGUACGUUACUGCGCUGUAUUUCACCAUGACCUGCAUGACUUCGGUGGGAUUCGGAAACGUCGCUGCUGAGACUGACAACGAACGGAUAUUUACCAUUUGUAUGAUGAUUAUUGCUGCUUUAUUGUACGCGACGAUAUUCGGUCACGUGACUACCAUAAUUCAACAGAUGACAUCUGCUACGGCCAAAUAUCACGAUAUGCUGAACAACGUGCGGGAGUUCAUGAAACUCCACGAAGUUCCGAAAGCCCUAUCCGAACGGGUGAUGGAUUACGUGGUCUCGACGUGGGCCAUGACUAAAGGAUUAGACCAGGACAAGGUUUUAAAUUUUUGUCCGAAAGAUAUGAAGGCGGAUAUCUGCGUUCAUCUGAACAGAAAGGUCUUCAACGAGCACCCGGCGUUUCGUUUGGCGUCAGACGGUUGUCUCAGGGCGUUGGCUAUGCAUUUUACGAUGUCUCAUUCGGCUCCAGGCGAUCUACUCUAUCACACAGGCGAGUCCAUCGAUUCCCUGUGCUUCAUAGUUACGGGAUCCUUGGAAGUCAUACAAGAUGACGAAGUUGUCGCUAUAUUAGGUAAGGGUGAUGUAUUCGGCGAUUCCUUUUGGAAAGACAACGCAGUCGGCCAGUCGGCGGCGAACGUCCGUGCUUUAACUUACUGUGAUCUACAUACCAUAAAAAGGGACAAAUUACUAGAAGUGUUAGAUUUCUAUCAAGCUUUCGCUAAUAGUUUCGCGCGAAAUCUCAUCCUCACCUACAACCUAAGGCAUCGUUUGAUAUUCCGCAAAGUGGCCGACGUGAAGCGCGAGCAGGAAUUGGCCGAGCGCCGGAAAAACGAACCCCAAUUAGACCAGAACCAAGAUCACUUAGUUAGGAAGAUUUUCUCGAAGUUUCGAAGGGAUAGGAGCCAGCACGUCGUAGCCUCUCCAAUCACCCCGUCCGACGUGGAAAAAGGGGAUGAAGCUAACGAUAAAAACAUGUCCAGGGUAAUGUCAACUACAAAACUAUCUGCUGUAGCCGAGAAAGAUGAUAGCAGCGGGGGCGGUGUAAAAACCACUGUAGCCAGACCAUCCACAGCGAGGCCUAGUAAAUGGGGAAGGCUCCUGGGUUCGGCGAGUUUGGACUCGGGCUCGGAAACUUCGCCGGCUCCGCAAGCUUUCACCCGAAGCCUCAGCGCCAAGGAUCCCAAGGAACGUCCGAGUUCCUCUUCGUCGGGCAGCUCCUGCAGCCAGCCGACGCCCGGAUCUGGCAACAAGAUUUUCCCGAAGCUGCAGAAGGUGUCGGCCGCUUCCAGUCCGGGUAUCACCAGACAGGAUACCAUAGACGAAAUAGGCGAAGUCGAUCUGCCGCACUCCAGGAAUCUGUCGCUCAGGAAGAUGCAAAGCUACGAUUGCGGAUUGAGAGAUCCAUCGACUGCCUCAAUGUAUCAAACAGCCGUCCCGGAUGCUAUUGCUCCAGUAGAAUAUAAGGAACUGAUGACUAACCUUAUGGAUUUUAAAGUAGACGUCAAACUGGAAAUCCAGAAGGUCAACCAGAAAGUCAAUCGAAUAGAAGAGAUGAUCUCGGAGAUCCUGAAACGCUUGGGAACGGACAGCGGCUCGAGUUCCCAAUCGCCCAACGACACCGAGUCCAAAAAGUCUUCCAAUUCGCCGCCCGAACGGCCCACCGACCUCCUGCCCAAAACCCCGGAGGGCACCGGUCUCGGCUCCGUCAUACUCAAAAAACGAAGAUCCAAAACGCGAAUCAAGGCCUCCGCUCCUCAGGUACCAUCAUCUUCUAGCUGCAAGGCAAUGUCGCCGGAUAGCGCGGCAAACAGUCCCACAGAAACGACGAAAAUGCUGGAGGAACCCGUACAAACGCCGUCCUCUCGGAAACCAAAGGACUUUCUUUAACGUUAGCAACACUUUAGGGUAUAUUUCAUUGGAGCUGUGUAAUAAUAGAGUCGGCCUUUUCGUACGUUUUCAAUUAGUAGUUACUCCUCGUCAUUAUGUUACCGUUGAACUAACGCAGUACAAUUCGAGCUGUUAGAAUUUUUACGAGGAUUCCAAUCGAAACGAUUCAAAUGAACAGUACAAUUUACAUGCUAAUUAAUACAGAAUACAAUCAAAAAAAGUUUGAUAGUAGUAGGGAACUUGUUAGAAAUAAAUCAAAUGGCAAUUAAUCAACUACUUGAUUGAGUCGUUUCGUUGAAUCCUAUCAUUGAAAUCAAGUGUUCUUAUUGGUGUUGAGGAGCAAAACAUAGGCAGUGCAAAUAAAGUUCGAUUUCGAAUGCGGGUGUAAAUAGUAGGAGCUACGAUGUAUUCAAAUACAAAUAAUGCCCUUUCUUACGUAAAAAUUCAAUGAAAACCAUUACAUAUAGAUUAUUCGAUUAACUUAUUUUGUUCCUCUAUUACUUAAUCACUUAACAGUACUCGAAUGGUCAAAAUCAAUUCAAAAAAGAAUGUACAUAUUAUAUCAAUAAAAUGUAAGUAUAAGUGGUUUUGAAAUAGAGAGUAUAAAAAACUGAAAUUUGAUAGAAAAAAAAACAAUUAUUUUUAGCGGAACUGUAAUAAUGAAACCAGCAAUAAAACAAAUUUCAUUUUCUCUCUAUCAUAGAAAUAAAAUCAAAAUGCAAAUAAUCUUUUGUUUUCAAUACAUUUAAUAAAAUGGAAAAGUGAGGGAUUCAACUGAUUGGAUUUUGUUUUAUGAAAAAUUUAAUAAAAUUUUUUGAUUAUUUUACUACAGAAGACUGAUGUAAAUAAUCAUGUACUGUGAACAUUAUAUUGUAAAUAAUGUUGAUUUUUAGAGUUUUUUCAUACUAAGAAAAAUAUUUGACUUGUUUAAUCUAAUUAACCCUUAAUUAAAACAACUUCCUUCUUAUUAUAAUUACAUAAUCUUUACUUUAUUUGAAAUAACCAUCUAGUUGGGACCUCACUUUCCCACUCAUCUCUUAAAUUCUAAACCAGCCUCGAGUGAGAUUAUAGAAAAACAAAAUAAUUAAUUACAACAUGUAAAUAUAAUCUAUUUCGAAUCUAAGGUAGAAAGUACAAAAGCUGGGGUAUACCAAACAUAUUUUCAAGAAAUACGCUUAGUUACGCCCUGAAUUUCUUGAAAACAGCUUCGACUAGAAUCAAAUCACCAAAUUUAUAGCGCCCCAUGAAUAUCUAUCACCGAUCGUUAUACCGCAAUUUGAUAUUAUGCAUUGUACUCGUAAAUGAUUAACAAGAGUUAAACCUUGAAUUCCAAUAGACUGAAUUAUUUAGGUGGGUAAAAAAAAUCGAAAACAUACAACUGUAACAAGUGCAUAUUAUUUAAUUCACAUACCUACCUGUGUUACUAAAAUUAUUAAUAAAUUAUUUACAAGUUUUUGAUGAUACAAAAGUAUUAUGUGAAAUUUGAUGUUUAACUUUUGGUAUAACAUUUAGGCUGAUAGCCUUCUAUUUAUAGUUCGUUAAAAAGUAAUCCAGUUUAUGAAUUUAUCUGCAAAAGUUUAUAAAGACAUAUGUAUUAUUUGUACAGUUCAGAGUUUACAGAUAUUAUACGAGUAUUAUGAAAAUUAGAUUUUUUAUUGUGCCGAGUGAGAAUUAAUAAAACUGAUUGAAGGUACUUUUUAUAUAGUUCACUAAAUCUAAACAACUGUCAUAGUAGUUUAUAUUUAAAUGAGAAAAUUAAAAUUCUACUAUAUGGGAAUCUGUUUUUUUUAUUAAUUUUCACCCAGUGCAAUACUCCAUAAAGCAGAUUUAGUAUAUUUACAAUGUUAAAUAUUAAUUAACAGUUUAUAAAAAAUUAUAAAUGGAAAUAUGAUUUCAAAAAAAAGUUAAACUUUUUUCCUAAGGUAAAAUUCAGUAAAGAAAUUACUCGGAUAGAAACACCAAGAUCACAAAAUUUAUUCUCAUCGAUCAAGCUUCUUUUUCAAUAGCUACCUUUUUCCAUUCAAGUUUUGUAACAAAUAACCGAAACCUUCUAUUUUAAUUUUUCUUAAAAAUUUUUGUUUCGAAAGUUUAUAUUAUUAAAGAGUAAUUUACAUUUAGAAUGUUAGCAGAUCAUUCAAGAAAUUCGCCAUUAAUACUAUUUUAUAAAACACCAUAGCAGAAUUAUACAUGUACUUAUGAUUACGAUAGAAUUUAUAUAAUUAGCAAUAAAUCAUACCGAUACUUAUAUUGUACUGUAUAUAAACAUGAUUUUUUUUAACUUGUGAUAUUUCUCUAGGCAAACUAAGAAGCAAACCGACAUUGGAUGUUUGUAUUUUUGUCACAAAUAUUGCCAAUUUCGGAUUUUACAAAAAUACUUGCUGAAAUAUUGGCUGCAGGAGAUUGCAGCACACUGUUAAUUUUGUUUCAACUGAAUAAAGCUUUUGAA